CUCAGAAAGCUCGAGGACACCAUCCACCACAUCAUCGUCCGCCGCGCCGCCCCUGAUUGCCUCCCUUUCCUUCCGGGGACUUCCUACUGGGUCCCUCCACAUAGAUAUGACGUCGGCUGCUUGGGGAUUGCCCAGCUCGUCGAGAAGCUUGCGAAUCCCUUGACCGAAGAGGAAUCUCGCUCCGUUACCUCCGUCCGCGGCUGA